GUCAGGGCUGGACAGUGUGGGAUGGAAAGCGCGUUUUUCUAUAUUCGCUAAAUGUGUACACACUUUGAUGGAAAAAGAGAGAAAAAAUUAGGGCCACAAAGAGGUUGCAAACAUAUUUGAUAAAUUCAAAUUAAAUCGACUGCUCGGCGACGGGGCCAUUAACAUAAAACGCGCCACGCAUUGUGCCGAUUCGUUUUGGUAAUAUUCGCCACAUCAAUUGACUACGGGCGCCGUUACGGAAAGCAGGACAAAUGGCGGAAAACGGAAUGCGUGUCGGCCCAGGGUCAUCGGCGGCGGCAGCAGCGGCGGCGGCUGCCAAUGCAAAUGCUGGCACCAGCAACGGGGAGCACGAGAACGAGCACAAUGCUGUGGACAACGAGAAGGUGCAGCCGGUGCGUCUAAAUGAAUCGGCCCAAAAAUACAUGCAAGAACUGAUGAGCGAACGGUCGCGCAUGGAGAGUCAAUUUCCAUUGGCAUUAAAACUAAUUGAUGAAGCUCUGGAGCGGGUGCAGUUGAAUGGUCGCAUUCCGACGAGAGACCAGUACGCCGAUGUGUAUCAGCAGCGGACGAUUAAAUUGUCGCAGAAGGUGCACGUGCCGAUCAAGGAUAAGAAAUUCAACUAUGUUGGCAAACUGCUUGGCCCCAAGGGCAACUCGCUGCGUCGGCUGCAGGAGGAGACGCAGUGUAAAAUCGUCAUAUUGGGCCGGUUCUCAAUGAAGGAUCGUGCACGUGAGGAGGAGCUACGCAAUUCUGCGGACGCUAAAUAUGCCCACCUGAAUCUUCCGCUCCAUGUCGAGGUGUCCACCAUAGCACCACCAGCUGAGGCUUACGCUCGUGUUGCGUAUGCGCUGGCCGAAAUUAGGCGGUAUCUGAUACCCGAUAAGCAUGACGAUAUACGUCAGGAGCAGUACAGGGAGCUGAUGGAGGAUCCGGAAGCUGCCAAAAAGCUGACCCUGCGCCAGUUGCAGCAGCAGCAGCAGCAACAACAACAGCAACAGCAGCAGCAGCAGCAACAACAAUCAGCUUCUGGUGGCAACGGCAAUGGCAACAAUCGCUCUGGUGGCAGCUACAGCCAUGGCUUGCUCCAUUUCAGACAAAAGUAUCAGCAGCAGCCGCACUAUCAUCACAACGACGAGACUGUCUACUAUCGUUCACACAACAAUGCCUAUCACCAGCCAAAGCCCUAUGUGCCAGCUGCCCAGCGUGGCAAUGCGAUGCAUACAACCUUGCCGCCGCAGGCCAUUGUACGUGAAUCACCUUGCAUGGUGGUUAGCUCAGCCAAUUUUAAUGGACGCAACGCUGGCAUGGGCAAUGCCGGCGGUGGGAUAAUGGCCAAUACCAUUGUGACUGCCACAGGCGGUGGAAUUGGUAACACUGUGCAGCCUAUACGGCAUUACCGUCCCGCCGCCCCCUACCAGUUUGUUAAGAAAUAAUACAGAAGCAAUGCGUCACCUGCCGCUCGCUGUUUGUUCACCAUUUUGUCAUCAUGUCCAUCAUCAUCUCAUCCAAAUGCAUGCCCCGCCUAGCAACGUGCAUAGAUGUAUGUAACUGAUGCAUGUGCAUGCGCCGCCGCCAUUAGAUGAUUGGGCUUUGGUCGUUUUGUAGCCUGAGCCGGAUCAUAACACACACUGCUCCAAAGGUAGAUGUAAUAAUUAUAGAUACACACAUACACACAUACGCAUACAAACACCACACUCACACACAUACAUAUAUAAUUUUCACACAUUGAGUUUAACAAGAUUUCGAGAGUGGAAAACCUAACCAAAACCAAACAAAACGAAAUGAAAUGAAAUGAGUAAAAUGUACGUUUAAGAAAUUAGCCUAAGUAGACGAAUGCUCCAAAUGAACACACACACACACAGACGACACACACGUACAACAAGAACACACACACACACCGACGAACGUUAAUUGGGCUUUCGAUUGAUUGUAGGAGUGGAUUGAGGGGAACUCGUUAGAUGCCAUUUUCUAAGCUUUCCGUUUUCUUUUUUUUGUUUAUUGGAAUUUUAAACUGUGUGAAUCUGUUUUCCGAACGGACCCCAAGGUGUCUUGAUUUUAUUUUGUUUUGUUUAAUUUUGUAUUCAUUAUAAUUGACGCAUUUGUUCUUUUAAUAUCAUUUCAUAUUUAUAUAUCUCAAUACAUAUAUAUACAAAUAUAUAUAUAUAUAUAUAUUUAUAUAUAAUACAUAUGAAUUAUACAUGAUUGAACUAUUUCUCCAAAUGCUAUCGUAAUGCAUUUUACAACGAUUAGGAGGCUUAUUAUUAUUUGUAACCUAUGAAUUCGGAAAAGUGUCGAGCGUAACAGAAAUGUAGUUUAUUUAAUUUUUGUACUUUUUACGUUGACAUUUCACGUACACAGAAAUACAUAAAUACAUAAUACCCACAUAUAAUCAAGCAUACAAUACAUAUAAACGUAUAAACAAAAACCAAAAAAAAAAAAAAAAAAAAAAAAAAUUAAGAAUCAACAAUUAAUAAUGCAAACAUGAAUCUAAACAUAAAUCGACUAGAGCGCGAUUAUGAUAAAAAUAAUAAUAAAAAAAAAAACAUUACAUAGCUUAGCAUUAACACGUCAGAAAAAAAGAAGAUAAAAAAUAAAUUUAAUGAUACACACGAAAUGAAUCCAAACCCACACACAACACACACCUAUACACACACACAUAAUUGUUAUUGUUGUUAAAAGCAACUAAAAUUGUAAUAGAAUUAUGCAAAUAUACAUACAAAUAAUAUGGUGACAAUGUUAAAUUGCAGCUGCUUAGUUAUUAUUUGUGAUUCGAGAAACAUUUUCAACUUUCUUGAUUCCGCACGCCAAAAAAGAGAAGAAAACAAAAAUAAAACCUAAAAUAUAUAUAUGAACCAUAUGCAUAAUAAUACAGUAUGAGUAUGUUAGUUCAAUUGGUUUUUCCAUUUUUAUUGUUUUUUUUUUUUUUUUGCAUUAUUUUACCGAAAGCCAAAAAUCGAACGGAACCGAAACGAAAUGAAAUGAAGAUGAAAUCAAUCGAUUUACUGUUAUGCAUGUGCAGCAGGUGUGUGAGAGGGGAGCUUAUGAAGCGACAAAACAUAAUUUCUAUUGACACCCACACACACACACAGAAACCAAACAAACACACACACCACACCGCAUUAUAAUUAUUUUACAGUGCAUUAUUAUAUAUUGCUGAUUAUCGUUAAAUAAAUUCACAAUUUGAAUUGAA